AUGGCACCCCGUGAGAAGAAGACGCCUACGCUGAAGCUGUUGAUGGUCCAGCUUAAGAACAUCCAAACAUCCCUGGACGACAUUUGGAGAUUUGUUCAGGAUUUCCAGCCAACCUGUACUGCAAGUGCCAUCAACGUUCGCCUGGACAGUAUCGAUGAGCUGUGGAAGAACUACAGAGCGAUUCUGAAUGAGGUCCAAGCUCAUGACGAAUUUGAGGAUGAGGAAGGGGCAUAUGAUACGGCUAGGUUAUUGUAUAGCGAUAGAUAUUAUAAUUGUAAAUCCUUACUUAUGGAUAAGGCCAAGGAAUUCGUGGGACCCGAUGAAGGAAAUCAGUCCAUACGAGGAAACGAAACUUUGCUUCAUGGGCAUGGCACGUUGGAUCACGUUCGUCUCCCACAAAUCAAGCUCCAAGUAUUUGACGGGAACAUCGAUGAAUGGAUUAGCUUUAGAGGUUUGUACACUUCUCUAAUCCAUAGAAAAACGGACUUACCAGAGGUUGAGAAGUUUCAUUACCUGAAAGGGUGUCUUCAAGGUGAACCCAAGGGCUUGAUCGAUCCAUUGAAGCUAACAGAGGCCAACUAUCAGGUAGCUUGGGACUUGCUGCUUAAAAGGUACGAUAAUAGCAAGCAGUUGAAAAAGCGCCAGGUGCAAGCGCUAUUCAACUUACCUUCGUUGUCUAAGGAGUCUGUGGUGGACUUGCAUUCUCUGAUGGACGGAUUCGAGAGGGUCGUGAAAAAUUUGGAUCAGGUGAUCAAACCAGAGGAAUACAAGGACCUGCUACUUGUUAACCUGCUGACUACACGGCUGGAUCCAAUCACUCGUAGAGGUUGGGAGGAGCAAUCUUCAACGAAGAAUAAGGAUACGUUGGCAGACAUCACCGAUUUCAUACAUCGACGAAUUCGGGUUCUGGAAUCGCUGCCAGUGAAGGCUUUGGAUACCAAGGGGUCUCACCAAAUGCAACAACCGAUAAGACAGAAGGCGUCAACUGUGAAGGCCAGUUACGGAGCUGUCCAGUCGUCUGGGGGACGAUGUCCGGUAUGCAAGGAGACUCACCAACUUUAUCAGUGUGCAGCUUUCCAACGGAUGUCGGUGCGCGACAGGGAAGCAGUAUUGAGGUCGAAUUCGCUGUGCAGAAAUUGCUUGAGAUCAGGUCAUCAAGCUAGGGAAUGUACGUCGAAGUAUUCAUGCCGUAGUUGCAAAAAACGCCAUCACACUAUGGUGUGCUUCAAGCCGGAGAAAGACGGAGCAGUAAAGGUCACUGCAGCUACCGGAAGUAGCAAUCCGUCUACUUCAUCGGAUCCUGAUGAGUCUGCUGGUGCAAGCUCUUCUCAGGUGGUGAACAUGGUCGCCACUCAAUCCUUGGUUUCUGGUGCAGCUCAGCAUAUUUCCUCUCAAGUUCUUUUGGCUACUGUGGUCGUCAUCGUGGAAGAUGAUGAAGGUAGUCAGAUUUCGGCUCGCGCAUUACUGGAUUCCGGCUCUGAGAGUAAUUUCAUUACUGAACGGUUGAACCAACGCCUUCAAACGCAGCGACAAAGGGUAGAUAUCUCAGUCCUCGGAAUUGGUCAAGCAGCUAUGAAGGCAAAAUACAAAAUCCAGGCGAUGGUUUGCUCUCGAGUUACGGAUUUCUCUCGGAACGUAAGCUUCCUGGUACUUCCGAAGGUUACAGCAGAUUUGCCUACGGCGAAGGUGAACACGGAAGGAUGGACGAUACCUGACGGGGUCAGCUUGGCAGAUCCAGCCUUUUUUGAUCCUAGUGCAGUGGACAUGGUGCUCGGUAUUGAGCACUUCUUCGAUUUCUUCGAAUCUGGCCGAAGAAUUCAGCUUGGAGAACAAAUGCCGACACUCAAUGAAUCGGUAUUCGGAUGGGUGGUUUGUGGAGGUCUAACAAGGUCCAUCGAAGGUCUACGAGUCCACUGUAACACGGCAUCUACGGCAAAUUUAGAAGAAUUGGUCGCUCGAUUUUGGGCUAGCGAGGAAAUUGGCGCUACAAAAGUACUUUCAUCAGAGGAAAAAAUGUGUGAAGAACUUUUCCUACGGUCGGUUUGCAGGGAUUCUGAUGGUCGAUAUUCUGUCUCUCUGCCAAAGGAUGAAGACAUUGUUUCCAGAAUGGGCGAGUCACGGGACAUCGCAUUUCGGCGUUUACAAGGCACAGAACGCAGAUUGGCGAGGGAUGCCGAUCUGAAGGAGCAAUAUCAUCAGUUCAUGACGGAGUACGUGAAACUAGGGCACAUGACCAAGGUAGAGGAGUUUGGAGAAUCAAGGAAACGAUGCUAUUUGCCACACCACCCGGUGAUUAAGGAAGCUAGUACCACCACAAAAUUGCGAGUGGUGUUCGACGCCUCAUGCAAGACAUCGACAGGAACUUCGCUCAACGAUUCGUUGCUGGUUGGCCCAAUCGUCCAAGAGGAUCUGCGAUCUAUCAUGCUCCGGAGUAGAAUGAAGCAGAUAAUGCUAGUGGCCGACGUAGAAAAGAUGUUCCGGCAAAUUUUCAUAUUGCCGGAGGACCGGCAUUUGCAAUGUAUUCUAUGGCGAUUCGACCCGGCUGAUACGGUGGACGUUUAUGAACUUAACACAGUCACGUACGGGACGAAACCGGCGCCUUUUUUAGCAACACGUACUUUAAACCAAUUAGCCAUGGAUGAAGAACAGCAAUAUCCACUUGCUGCGAAGGCUGCCACCGAAGACACGUAUAUGGAUGACGUCAUAACGGGAGCUGAUACGGUUCAAGUAGCCUGUGAACUUCGUGCACAACUGGAGGAAAUGACUACGAAGGGAGGAUUUAGACUCAGGAAAUGGGCGUCUAAUCACCCGGCGGUUUUGGAAGGAAUUUCUGAGGAUAAUUUGGCUAUUCGUUCAUCGGAAGGCAUCAACUUGGAUCCGGAUUCGACCGUUAAAACUCUUGGUUUGACGUGGAUGCCGAACACGGAUCAACUUCGGUUCAACUUCGAUUUUCCAUCGUGUCCAUCUUUUCAACAACUAUCCAAGCGGCAAGUUUUAUCGAUGAUUGCAACUCUUUUUGAUCCGUUGGGCGCAGUAAUUACCACGGCAAAGACAAUCAUGCAGUAUUUGUGGAAAUUCAGAAACGAAAAGGACCAGGCGUUGGACUGGGACCAGCCCUUACCAUCAACGGUGGGUGAGAUGUGGAAGUCUUAUUAUGACCAACUUCCCCUGCUGAACGAUGUUCGUAUCGAUCGUUGUGUGGUCAUUCCGAUGGCAACGAAGAUCGAAAUCCAUUGUUUCUCCGAUGCAUCAACGAAGGCGUAUGGUGGGUGUGUCUACAUCAGAAGUCAAGACGGAUAUGGAAGGAUAAGGGUUCGGCUGCUGUCUUCAAAAUCAAAGGUUGCACCCUUGAAAACACAGUCGAUUCCGAGGCUGGAAUUGUGCGGCGCGCUCUUAACGGCACAGCUCUAUGGAAAGGUUCGCGAAUCUGUCAAAAUUCCAGUCCAGGCCUUCUUCUGGGUUGACUCAACCUGCGUUUUGCGAUGGAUUCAAUCGUCACCGGACGUGUGGAAUACUUUCGUGGCCUACCGAGUAGCAAAAAUUCAAACUAUCACCGAAUCGUCCCAAUGGUCACAUGUUUCAGGCAAGGAAAACCCAGCCGAUUUGAUAUCCAGAGGGAUUUCUCCAGGAGAUAUUGUUAAAAACGUGUUCUGGUGGGAAGGACCUGAAUGGUUGAAGCAGAAUCGCGAAUAUUGGCCGCAUACAACAGUAGAGCUGGUUCCGGAGGAGGUGAAUCAGGAGCGACGACGGACUAUGGUGACUUGUACAGCUUCGUUAGAUGCUGAAUUCAACGAUUGGUAUUUGGGAAAGUUUUCGUCCUAUUCUGAUCUGAUCCGGAAAACUGCGUAUUGGUUGCGAAUAAUGCGAAUUCUAAGGAAGGAUAUGCGAGAUGGAGUUGCUGCCAAGGACCCAUUAUCGAAUGAAGAGCUCAAGGAGGCGGAAUUGAUCCUGACCAGCGUAGACUAUUUUGGACCCUUGUACAUCAGACCAGCGCCGCGUAAGCCAACUGUUAAGGUAUACGCAGCGAUUUUCGUUUGUCUUUCCACCAAGGCGGUCCACUUAGAGCUGGUGACAGAUUUAACUACCGAUCGGUUUAUACAAGCCUUACGUCGCUUCAUUGCCAGAAGAGGAAAUUGCCAAGACAUCUACUCCGACAACGGAACUAAUUUUGUCGGCGCUAGGAAUAAGAUGAGAGACUUGUUGCAGUUACUGAAAGCACAUGAUCACCGUGACAAGUUGACCAGGGAAUGCAACGAGGAGGGUAUCCGGUGGCACUUCAGCCCGCCAGGUUCACCUCAUUUCGGAGGAUUGUGGGAGGCAGCUGUGCGUUCAGCAAAAAACCAUCUCCUCAAGGUCAUAGUUGGAGGCAGUAGUAGCACGCAAAACUAUAAACCGAAAGCCCGUCGAGAUCUAUGA